CCUGGGCGCUGCGGCCGCCGCCCGCCCGCCCGCCGCCGAGCCCCCGGCCCUCCGCGCCCGCGGAACCUUCAUGCGCUUCCCCUCCCCCGCGCACGCACGGGGGGUGCGCGCCUGCCCCGGAACAGGACUGCCACUGUUGAGUCUGUGGGAGUAUGAAUCAGCAGCAGCAGAGAAUGGCUGCAGUUGGGACAGACAAAGAGCUCAGUGACCUGCUGGACUUCAGUAUGAUGUUUCCCCUGCCAGUGGCUAAUGGAAAAAACAGACCCACGACCCUAGCGAGCACUCAGUUUGGAGGAUCAGGUUUGGAUGAAAGACCGGGAUCAGGUUCCUGGGGAACGGGAGAUCAAAACAGCUCCACAUUUGACCAAGGAAGGCAGAGCUAUGGCGAAGGCCCCCACUACGGCGAGCACAGGGACCUGCCGUCUCACAACAGCAUAUCUUCAUCGCCAUUCCUGGGAGCUGGACUAGUGGGGAAGAGCAGUGAAAGAGCAUCGUACUCCACGUUUGGAAGAGACACAGGGAUGCCAGGACUAAACCAGACUGGUUUCCUGCCCAGCGAAAUGGGAAUCGCGAGUCCGAGCACGCUUUCCCCCACCGGGGUGAAAGGGGGGUCUCAGUAUUUUUCUUACCCCAACAAUCCUCGCAGGAGAGGUGCUGAGAGCAACAUAGAUGGACAGCCCAAAAAGGUACGGAAGGUGCCUCCUGGACUCCCCUCCUCGGUGUAUCCAUCCAACUCAGGUGAUGACUACAGCAGGGAUCCAGCUGGAUAUACUCCCUCAAAACCUCCCAGCACUGUGUAUCCCGGAGCCUUUUAUAUGGCAGACGGGCUCCAUAACUCACCAGACCUGUGGAGUUCACCAGGUGCCAUGAGCCAGUCGAGUUACGGUGCCAUGCUGGGCAGCUCCUCCUCCCCGCUCCCGCAGUCCAGCGGCUUCAACAGUUUACAUCAGCACGAACGCAUGAACUACCAGCUUCAUUCAGGAGAGGUUAACGGCGGACUCCCCUCUGUGUCUGGCUUUUCCUCUGCCUCCACGCCGUACGGUGUCUCCAGUCACACGCCCCCGAUCAGCGGGACAGACAGCAUGAUGGGUAACAGAGGAACCACAGCUGGGAGCUCGGGAGACGCGCUCGGGAAGGCACUAGCUUCAAUUUAUUCCCCCGAUCACUCUAGCAAUAACUUCUCGUCAAACCCCUCUACACCGGUCGGCUCCCCUCAGGGGCUUGCAGGCACAUCCCAGUGGUCGCGAGCGAGCGGACAGGGUGCCUUAUCUCCCAGCUACGAAGGGAGCCUCCACACUUUACAAAACAAAAUGGAAGACAGGUUGGACGAAGCCAUCCACGUGCUGAGAAAUCACGCCGUGGGCCAGACAGCCGCCAUGCCGAGCAACCACGGGGACAUGCACGGGCUCCUGGGCUCGGCGCCAGCCCACAGUGCCACCGUGGGCAGCCUGGGCCAGGCUUUCCCCGCCUCGGUCAUGUCCCUGGGGAACAGGCACCCGAGUCUGGUGGGAGGAGGUCACCCCGAAGAUGGGUUGUCCAGCAACCCCAGCAUGCUCCACAACCAUGUCACACUUCCGUCACAGCCCAGCUCACUCCCUGACCUCAACAGGCAGCAAGACACGUACAGCGCAGGCUUGUCAGGGGGGCUGGGGCGAAGCAGCGUCUCCUCGGGAACCAGCGAAAUAAAGAGGGAAGAGAAGGAGGACGAAGAGAAUACGUCGGUGGCAGAUAACUCGGAAGAGGAGAAGAAGGAGCUGAAACCCUCCCGGAACAGAACAAGGUGCUCUUUGAACAGUCAAGAUGAGGAUGAGGAGGACGAUCUUCUUCCCCCAGAGCAAAAAGCCGAGAGAGAGAGAGAAAGGAGGGUCGCCAAUAAUGCCCGUGAGCGCCUGCGGGUCCGUGACAUCAACGAGGCCUUUAAAGAGCUCGGACGCAUGUGCCAACUCCACCUAAACAGCGAAAAACCGCAGACCAAACUGCUAAUCCUACACCAGGCCGUAUCAGUCAUACUGAACCUGGAGCAACAAGUUAGAGAGCGCAAUCUGAACCCUAAAGCAGCCUGCUUGAAGCGUCGGGAAGAGGAGAAAGUGUCCGGAGUAGUAGGAGAUCCCCAGAUGACACUUUCAGCUUCACAUCCUGGUCUAGGAGAUGGUCACAACCCUGUUGGACACAUGUAAAGAUCUUUUUGUUCCUCUGGAUACAGAGAUCUGUAGGAAGAAAACCCUCGGUGUGACCUGCAACCUUCUCGAACCAUAAACUUUAGUACUGCUAAUACUGACACACGUGGACGGAUCCUGGCAUGACGUAAGGGGUGGAAAAAACACUUUGUCAAAAACAAAACGAAAACAAAAAAUUGCCUUAAGUAUAAAGUGCAGAACAGUCAAUACAUAUCACUCAGUUAGGAGGGGGUGGCGUGUUCUCUUGGCUUGUUCACAAGCAGCCAGCAGCAAAAUUGUGCCUAAGCUUGAUAUUUCUUUUUUAAAAAAAAAGAACAUUAGUUAUGAGAUUUUUUAUGUAGAACAAAUAGCAAUGCCUUUUGGUUUUUUUAGCUUCUUUUGCAUAUGUUUUGUAAGCAACAAAAAGAAUUUUUUUUUGUAUAAAAAAAUGUCUUGUA